AAAUCAAAAUGACAAAAAGUGAAAUGGACAGACGACAAGACUCAAGACUGAGUCAAUUAUCAAGAGCAUGAAAAUCACGUAGGUUUGCCUUGGCGUAGAUCUCAGGAUGGAGGAAGGUGGUGAUGGGGGCCAAUCGCUCAGGGGCCGGUACGUUGUCGUGCUGAGUGGCAAGCGAAAAUCUGGCAAGGACUAUUUCGCCGACGUUCUCAAGAAAAGGCUCGGCGAUGCAGCUUGCAUUGUGCGUCUCUCUGGUCCUCUGAAGCGUGCCUAUGCUGAGGAGCAUGGACUCGACUAUCAGCGCUUGCUCGACGCCAGCGACUUCAAGGAGAAGUACCGCGAGGACAUGAUCGCCUGGGGCGAAGCACGGCGACGCCACGAUCAUGGUUUCUUCUGCCGACGAGCGGUACAGGAGGUGCCGGCCGCGUGCCGCGUCGUGAUCGUGUCCGACGCCCGUCGCAAGACUGACGUGGCCUGGUUCGAGGAGAGGCGCGACGCGGCGGCGCGGGGUGUGCCGACCGUGUUCGUCAGGAUUGGCGCCACGCUGGCGGCGCGCACCGCCCGCGGCUGGGCGUUCACGGCGAACGUGGACGACGCCGAGUCGGAGUGCAGCCUGGACGACUACACCGGCUUUGACGUGCUCGUAGAGAACAGCGGCGGUGAUGCUGAUAAUGUGGACGAGGCUAUACUGGAUAUCAUGCAGCGAGCAAGAGCGGCAACAGACACAGCUGCUCUAUGAGAUUGACAUAGUUUUUCUAGUUUUUGUUUGUUUCGGAUUGUAGCUGCUCUGUCUUUUAUUUUUAAAUUAUUUUCCCUUUUGCAAUGGCUUGUAGUCAUGUGCAACAACUCAAGUGCUGCUGGCAGUGCUUAUACCUAGGUACGAUCAUAAAAUUAUUUUUAUACUUCAGUAUACCACUUUAGAAACAAUGCUGUAUUGCUUUUCAAUGCACCGUCAAAUAAUGUCAGCCAUCCCGAGCCGA